GGAACGACACAUUUUAACAAGUAUCCUCUCGCUCAGCAUUCGCCUUGUGCUCAAUUCUAGUGUUGACAGUCUUGUUUUCGUCUGACUUGUAUCAAUUGUCAGCUGUUUCAGAGUUAACCUGGCCAUAUUUCUAGGUUUUUAUUGUUGUUGGGUUUUGCUGUUUACUUUAUAGAUCCGGUUUUUAGAUGGUAAGCAGUUUUCUGGGGGAGACUCGCUUUUCUGGACAUGAUGAUGAAGAUGACCGAAGCUUGUAGGAAAUCAAAAAUACGAUCAGUCAAACUCGGACUGUCUAUAAUUUGUUCGGAUGAAUGUGUAAUUGUAUUGGUCAUUCACUUCUUAUUCUCAGCAAGCGAAGUGUCCGCCAUGGUGGCUGAUGAGCUUCGCUUCAAAGGAUGUCUGCUGGGAGACUUUCCAUGCGGGAACCUGAGCAUCUGCUUGCCACAAGGGCUGCACUGCAAUGGCCACCCGGACUGCCCGAACGGCGCCGACGAGGAGAACUGUGGGGACAACAGCGGCUGGGCAGACUUCUUUGAUCGCGUUGUUCGCCGGACUGACCCGCAGGACCUAGCCAGCCAUUGCUUGCUGGAAAAGUAUCUGGAUGGCUGCAAGUGCAUUCAGACUGAGCUCCAGUGUGUGCAUCUGAAUCUGGACACUGUCCCACAGGCAUCCAGGAAUGUCACCUCACUGUCCCUCAAGAGUAACAUCAUUCAGAAACUUGUCGAAGAUGGAUUUUCCAGAUACUCGGAGUUACAAAGACUUUUUCUUCAGAGGAAUAACAUAUGGAGCGUGUCCAGUCGAGCUUUCAAAGGACUGUACAAGCUCCAAAAACUAUGUCUUAGUCAGAACAGGAUCACUUUGCUAGAACCUGGGGUCUUCGGUGAUCUUCGUAAACUACGCUGGCUGAUCCUGGAUGAUAACCCUUUGAAGAGCAUCUCCCCGGACACAUUCACUGGGCUCAUGUCCCUGUUUUUCUUGUCCAUGGUGAACACAUCCCUAGAGGAGCUCCCCCCAGCAAGACUGUGCUCUCACAUGCCUUCCUUAAACUGGCUGGACUUUGAAGGGAACAAGAUCCAGGUUCUCGAUUUUUCUACGCUGAUGACAUGCAACGAGCUCACAGUAUUAUCACUGCGUAGCAAUAAAAUUAGAUUCCUCCCUGAAAAUGUCUUCCAGCCCCUUUUAUUACUGGGAGAACUAGACUUGUCGAGUAACAGGGUCAUGGAGCUGCCGUGGCACAUCUUCGGGGGAUUAAAGUCGCUGCUGACGCUAAAUAUAUCCCAUAAUCCUUUGAGGCACAUUCAUCUUGGCCUGUUUGAUCCCCUUAUCAGUCUUCAGUCUUUGAGCCUGGAGGGAAUCGAGAUCCCAAACAUUCAAAAGCGGAUGUUGGAGCCAAUGAAAAACCUGUCACACAUCUAUUUUAAGAUGUUUCAGUACUGCUCUUAUGCGCCACAUGUGCGGAGAUGCAAACCCAACUCGGAUGGGAUCUCCUCCUUCGAGAACCUUCUGGCCAACACGGUCCUGCGCGUGUCGGUGUGGGUCAUGGCCUGCAUCACAUGCUUCGGGAACCUCUUCGUCAUCGGCAUGCGCACCGUCAUCCGGGCUGAGAACCACCUGCAUGCUCUGAGCAUCAAGGUCCUAUGCUGUGCUGACUGCCUCAUGGGGGUGUACCUGUUCUUCUUGGGGGUGUUUGACCUCAAGUUUCGGGGGGAGUACAACCGCAACGCCCAGCUGUGGAUGGAGAGCCCCACCUGCCACACCAUGGGUUUCCUGGCCACGCUCUCGUCCGAGGUCUCCGUCAUGCUCCUCACCUACCUGACCCUGGAGAAGUUCCUGGCCAUCGUCUUCCCCUUCAGCGACUUGCGUCCAGGCCACUGCCAGGCUGUCGCCGUGCUGGUUGCCAUCUGGCUGCUGGGUGUGCUCAUUGCCGCCGUGCCGCUGCUCGAUGAAGACCUCUUCGGAAAUUACUACGGCCGUAACGGCGUCUGCUUCCCCCUGCACUCCGACCUCCUGGAAAGACCCACCGCCAAGGGCUACUCCACAGGAAUAUUUCUGGGGCUCAAUCUGGUGGCCUUCCUCAUCAUCGUCUUCUGCUAUUCCUGCAUGUUUUAUUCUAUAUACCGGACCGGCAUCAACGCCACCGUGCUCCGUAGCCGACUGCACAGAGACGUGGCGGUAGCGAACCGCUUCUUCUUUAUCGUGUUCUCUGACGCCCUCUGCUGGAUUCCAAUCUUCCUCAUUAAGAUCCUGUCGCUGCUGGAGGUUGAAAUCCCAGGUACCAUCACUUCCUGGCUGGUGAUCUUCGUUUUGCCCAUCAACAGCGCCUUGAACCCCAUCCUCUACACCCUGACCACCAGCUUCUUCCGAGAGCAAGUGAAACUGCUUCUGUGCCAGUGGCAUAGACAGUCAGGCAUGAAAAAGGAGCGUAAGAGCCUGUCCAGCUGUGUCAUUUACAUGGAGGCUUCACAUAAGGCCUCCUGCCAGCAGCACUGCUUACCCCCAAUAUCUAUUGUGGGUAUAGACACAAAAUACGGGUGAAGUGAGCGGGUGAAGGAUGCUGAAAAUUCUCCAGGCCCGCAAUGGAGACACGAAGCCUGCAGGGUCUGCCUGGGGCCGACAGGGAGAGCAAAGGGCUUGGUCAUCUGCCUGCGGUGCUCUGGAAUUCACACAAACAGCAGCUUUGCUUGGGGCUACAGCAGGAUGCCAUAUACUUCUGAUGAAUUCGGGGAGGCUUUCUGGCAGAGAAGUACGUAUCCAUAUUGUUUUAUCUGAGACUACUGUCACCUGUGAAGGAUUUACGUCUUAGAACUGCAAAUGAAGGCUAACUCUGCGGCCUGUUUUCUGAUCAUCAAGUCUGGGACCUCGCUGUAGCCUCAAUAACAUCCGAACACAAGAGAGCUUCUUGGACCAAGAAUUUUAUGACAUUCUCCUUUUGUUACGUGGUCAUAUUUGAAUGUGAAUAACUGAUUCAAAUAAAACAGAAAAACGUU